CUUCAUACAGCCUAUCGUUGCCUCGCCCAGCAGAGAUGGCCACUGAGGGAGACAGCGAGUUGAGGAAACGUGUCACUGAACCCGAUGAGAAACCUGAACAGGUAUUUGACGCAACAGCACAUAUUAUACACCUCUAAACAGAUUGUCCCCAGCUCUGAAAUAGACUCAGACGAUGACCGACUCCCUGAACAAUCAAUAGAACAGAGAACAAAGGAGAUUCCUCAAGGAACUGAUCAAGAGCCAAGCUUUCUUCACACUCUUCUGUCCCCACUGCCACCAAGAUGGAGAAAUUGGGUGAUCCGUGGCAUCUUCACUUGGCUUAUGAUUGGUCUUUUCUGCUUGAUUAUUUACAUUGGUCCCCUGGCUCUCAUAUUUACAACUCUGCUGGUGCAAGUGUGGUGCUUCAAGGAAAUCAUCAACAUUGGCUACUCAGUGUACCGGAUGCAUGGCCUGCCCUGGUUCAGGUCGUUGUCAUGGUGGUUUUCCAUCACAAGCAAUUACUUCUUCUAUGGAGAGUCUGUUGCAGACUACUUCAGUGUUAUUUCUUCCAAAAGUGAUAUCAUGCGCUGGCUGAUCGCCUACCAUCGGUUCACCUCGUUUACCAUGUACAUCAUUGGAUUUGUGUGGUUUGUACUCUCUCUGAAGAAGAAGUACUACAUGCGACAGUUUUCCCUCUUUGCCUGGACACACGUGGCUCUCCUCAUUGUUGUGUCUCAGAGUUACUUUAUUAUCUUUAACAUCUUUCAUGGAAUGAUUUGGUUCAUUGUCCCUGUCUCCAUGAUUGUUAUCAAUGACGUUAUGGCAUACAUGUUUGGUUUCUUCCUUGGCAAGACUCCUUUGAUUCAACUCAGCCCCAAGAAGACCUGGGAAGGCUUUAUUGGAGGAGGAAUUUCAACCAUUCUCCUUGGAAUGAUACUGUCAUAUGUUUUGUGCCAAUACCCAUACUUUGUGUGUCCAAUGGAGUACAGUGAGGCUGAAGAUGCUCUGAAGUAUGCAUGUGAUGCUUCCCCAAUCUUCAGGCCUCAAGAAUACAGUCUGCCAGAAACACUAGCAAACUUUUCAGCCCUUUUGGGAUGGAGGAAGACUGUGACCAUGUAUCCCUUCGUGUUCCACUCCGUCGCUCUCUCCCUCUUCAGUAGUGUUAUUGGACCUUUUGGUGGAUUCUUUGCCAGCGGCUUCAAGCGAGCAUUCAAGAUCAAGGACUUUGGUGACGUAAUCCCUGGUCAUGGUGGGAUGAUGGACCGUUUUGAUUGCCAGUAUUUAAUGGCCACCUUUGUCACUGUCUACAUCAACACAUUCAUCUCUGAGACCUCACCGCAAAAGCUACUCCAAAAGGUGUACAUGUUGAAACCCGAGCAGCAGCUCCAGCUUUACAACAUGCUGCAGGAUUCCCUCAUUGCACGAGGAAUUUUACAGCCAUAACUUGUUCAAUAGUGGAAUAUUAUUUAUGUAAGUAUUGUCUAUAGUUCAUGUUAUGUGUUGUAGGUUAUGCAAUCUGGAGAAGUGUGUAUUUUACUGUAAGUAAUAUUGUUACUUUCUCAGUGCACGAGGAGAGAAUUUUGUGUGUGAUAUACACUGUGAUUUUUUUUGUUUUCUCUGAGCUUGGAUUGGAAAUUGUUUUAAUUUCCCUAAAGAAAGUAAAACUAUUUAUUAAUACAUAUUGAGAAAGUCACUAAAUAAAUGUCCUAUUUUUAUAUAAUACUGGCUUAGAAAAGUAGCAGUGGUAUUUUAUGUACAUGGAUAAAGGAGCAGAUUUUGGUACCAUCUGUUCCCGGUAAAUAGUUAGGAUGGUACAGUUUUUUAUAAGGGAUAUGACACCUAAGGAAUGUUUUAUAAUGGCAAGAUCUAAACUAGUAGAUAUAAGAUUCUUUUUAAUGAAACAAUUCAUUCAUUGUGAAUGGUUACUGACAUUUAACAGUUUUUAAAACAUUGUACUUCAUAUGAAAAUAUUGAAAAGUCAUGUUUGUAAUGCACAUAACUUACUCAUUGCUCUUCUCUAUCCUGCUUUAAGAUAAUACAGGUAAACCUGGAUGGAUCACAUGACAGUCUUGUUCUUGCUGUUUUGCAGAAGGAGAUUGGGAACUGUAAAGUCAGUGAUGAAAGAUAUUAAAAAAUUAGUUGUAUUAUUGCCAAACAUUGGUUACAGAGAAAUAUCUUCAGUUGGUGCCUGGGAGGCAUACAUCUGUUGAAAUUUUAAGGGAAUACUGACAACGUAUGGAUCAAAGGCCUGGAUGUGGAACAGGGCACAGUAAUCAAGAGUGCAUUCUGUAGAAAUUAAUUAUUUGAGAGAGGCAUGUGCAUGACAAGAUGGGAGGGUGAGAGCUAUGAAAAUUUGUAUGGAAGAUGUGGUGUGAGUGCCCGUGCAAACAAUGCAAAUUGUUGAUUGAUGGAAUGGGUGAAAAGGAACACACCAAGAUUGUAUGGAUAUACUGAGAUGACUGAAGAGUUUGUAAAGAAAGUGCAUGUGAGUGUAGGUGAAGAUGCUAAAAGAUGAAAAAAGCUGUUUGGAAGAUGAAAGGGUAGGGUGUCUUCUGUGGACACCUCCUUGGGGACACUCCUGGAGGGAGCAUGGCAUCAUAGAGACACGGUUGUAUUCCAUUCAUCCCAGUGGAAGCAGGGAACAAAGAAAAAAGGCAGUAUGAGGAUAAAACCAUAACAGAAGAAUAGUUUAGCCAUGACACUGUAUUAUUAUUAGGAGAGAGCUGUUGCCAGAGAUCUACAUGCUGUAGCAGGUCAGCAUAUGUGUAUGAGGCUGUUAGACUUGUGUAAACAUGGAACAUUAUAUUGUUAAUAUUUUUUUAUCUGUUUACUGCACUGGGUGAAAUGAAUGAUGGAAAAUCACAUAGUGAUGAUCACUAACAAAUCUUACAAAAUCUUGAAUAUAGGAAAAUGGAAGAGUUAAUAAUAAUCUGCAAGUUACAUGAUGCACAAAUUGCAAAUCCCUCAAAUCUGAAUCUUUUCAAAAUAAUUAGGUGUGACCUCACUUUUAUAUUCAACCUGUGACUCAGGACCCAUAGCUGACUUGUCACACACAGAGAGAGAGAGAGAGAGAGAGAGAGAGAGAGAGAGAGAGAGAGAGAGAAUCUGCACCUUUUUGUGUGUGAGGUGGGAUUUACUAGGAAAGUGAAGUUGGAUUCCAGUAAUGAAGUGAAGACAGAAAACAAGUGUUCUACAUGCCUGGCAUCCAGGUCAGCCUCAGAUGCAGGUUUGCAAGAUUACUCGGUCUGAUCCUCAGAUAAGUCAAGAGUUGCUCACAGCCUUUAUCCUAAGUAAAGUGUUAAAAACUUUUCUGCACAUUAACAUCUUCCCUGUUAAGUGGCAGUGGUGUUGCAUUCAAUUAUGAUCUAGCUUAGUUUGUUGGUAUUUUGAAUGGCUUGAGGUGUGCUGUGUUGCAGAUAACAAGCAUGUAAAGAAUGAACUAAAAUAUUACAGAUCACACCUGUGGAGCAGUAGCACACCCAUUGAAUAACUAUGUGGUCCAGGCUUUAAAUCUCCAGCUAGGUGGAGACCAUUUGGAUGGAUCUCUUUAUAGUUAAAGCUGUUCGUCCAAUCAAGAAUAUGUUCAGACCCAAGCCUUGGGGAUGGCUUUAAGAAAGAUCUUGACUCAAGCAAGUUACUUACCAUUUGAGUAAUGCAGAGCUGAAUUUUUUCAGCUGUUUACAAGGUAAUGAAGGCAAAGAAAAAAAUGGUAAGUAGACACUGAACUUAAGGAACAAUGAUAUGCUCCAUGCUCCAUCCAGUUUACCUGUAAGUAAUAUAAUGCCUUUGUUGUGUAAUGAUUGUUUAAAAUCUUUAGAUAUUGUUUUUAUGUUUUGCUUUGAAUUUUAUUAGCUGUUGAACCCUAGAAUAGCUCAUUUAUACAAAUGAAAAAUGUAACCUGUUUCAUAUGUAGUAGAAAUAUAUAUUUGAAAAAUUGUUAAGUACAUCAUCAUAUAAAUCUUAAAAUAUAACUACCAAACCUAUUACUGGUUAAUUGUAAAAAAUUAGAUUUCUGAUUUUGAUUAUGUGAACAGUAUAAAUAUUUGCAAUGUUACAUAACAAAAUCUAUUUUCAUAAAAUACAUUAUAGAAAACUGUACUGUUCCCUAUGAUUCGCUACACACAACCUGCCCAUCAUGGAGGCGGCAGAGACUUGAUGAACACACUCAUGCAACUGACUUGCUGCUGCUGAAUGGUGGACAGCAACACAUUGUGGCAUUGUUACUCAAGGGAGUGAUAGUUUAAAUCAUAUAUUUGUUAUCAUUUGAAAUACAUUGUAUGAAUACUGUAUCCUUACACACUAUCCAUAUGUUGUAUGUUUUAAUGGUAGGUGUUUUUAAGUCAAUUAUAAAACAUACUGCCAAUAAAACUCUAGGAUGUUAUGAAGAAAGCCAAACUAUAAUAAUAAUCUUGAUUUAUGUACUUAUAUAGUAGCUUAGCAGGAACAAAGUAAUAUUGUGCAUUGUUGAGUCAAUCACAGAUAUAUUACAAUCUUGAAGGACAAUAUGACUGCUGGGGCUACUUUGCAGGCAGUGAUUUGGAUAUGACUAAACUUCGCUGGUUUUUCCAGCAUAGUAUUUUCCAAAACCAUUUUUGAAAUAUCUAGUAUGUUAUGUAAAAUAUAUGCUUUAGAGUGUAGUCUGACCAACCCUCUUGCAUAUGACAAAUAGAAUGUAAUGAAAAAAAGGAGGAAGUUAGUGUAGCUUUGGAAAUAGAGUAUCAUGUGUGGCUUUGAUGGUUUUAGCUGCAUGUAACCUUUCCCAGUUAUUUAUGUUUUACUAAAAAUAUUCUCUUAUAAAAUGGAAAUUGUGUAGGAAUGUCAGUAACUUUGGAUGUACAUAAUUAUAUACUGAAUUCAUUAUUUUGACUGUGUGUGUGUGAUUUGACAAGUAACUAAUGUUUAUGUUUGUACCUUUUAUGUUUACAACUAUUACCAUACCAAGAACCAGUCAGGAAUACAAUCUAAGUUACUCCAUUGAUAUAAUGACAUUACCAUAGAAAAUAAAUGAAUGAUCUCAAUAGUAACAUAUCUCAAAAGAUAUAUCUAGUAUGUACAAAUGUUAACUGCAUUACUCAUUAUAUGACAUAUUAUAGGUAAAGUAUGAUCUAUAUUUUAUGUAGAUCUGUUAAUAUUAUGCAUUAAAAAUUGUCAAGAUAGUAUGCAACACAGUGGGACAGUGCUUUGCUGAUGAAAUAACCAUGCUUAUCAUAGAGUUGAAGCCUCAAAAAUAUUAUGCAGUUGGUCCCAGAGGCAUCAAAAGGCACUUUUCAUAAGUUUUAAGUAUUUCAUACCUGAAUCUAAUGCCACACUUAACCUCCGAAGUAAUAGCUGCACAGGAUCCACUUACUGGGGAUCUGCUUUAUGAAAAAAUACUGUCUUCUUAAUGUUUGAAUUUUAGUUUUUAAAAUUUUAUUUAUUUAUUUGUUUAUUUUUAUUGCUAUCAUUAUCUGAUAACCAAAGAGUGUACAAACUAAAUACAUAACACCAACCUGUGAGUCGUUUAUGAAGUGCAUUGGUCCUAUGAGGCACAUUUAUUUUCUCGUACUUUGUCCUGUCAUUCCCGAUGGUGAUGCAUCCUCAUCCCAUAAAAGUCAAACUAAUACUGGUGCAUCAUUAUCAUCAUUCAUUGCUUCAUUGUCACCAUCACCAUCUUGGCUGUGAUGUUGCUGACACGUCACUGAUGGGAAAAAAAAGUGGCUGGAUAAUGUAGAUCUGCUGUUUCUCAUUGAGUCUUUAAUUGUAGAGUUGAUUCAGUCCUUUUAUAUAAGUUUCUUUAUGAUGGACAAAAGCUCAGUCAAUUCAGUAAGAUUAGUGCAUUUUUUUACUAUUUCUGACAAGUUUUUUGCUCUUACAGUUCUUUGUCCCCUGGUGCUGUUCAUUUUUUUUUUUCAUGUACAUCCUCUCUCACUUAAUUUUUUCAGCUGAAAAUGCCUCUUCAAUUUCAAUCAACUCUGAUAACAGUUUUCCAUUAACUUUGGAAGAACUGGUGCCAAAAUGUCUGAGAUGGUGUCACUGAUCUCUUGAAGUAAAGGACACAGCAUAUGAAAGAGCAGACCAGAAUCAGUGGAUCCAGAUCUUAAACCAGGUUUGUGUCCUUUACUUUAGAAAAAUAAAGCCCAGUCACUGGUUUUCAUUACAUCUCUCAGACGGUGAUAUACAAUUACGUUAAUACUUGGGCCAUCAUAUGCAGAGCAAGGUGCUGCUGAAGUAUAUCCCACACAUAGUUUCUGAAAAGAUAAUUAAAGUUCAGGGCAAUAUCAUGGAUCACUGCCAAAGGUGAGAAGCUGUAAGAAUUAGAGAAAUGCAGUAACACUACAAGUGGUGAAAGAGAGAAAAAGAAUGAAAUAAAAUAAAAUAAAAGACUAAUUGGUUGAUAGCACCAACAUGAUAGCUGAAGGAUGAGAUUUGUAAUACACCAUCUCUGAAGUGCUCGGUGCUGUCGGUGAGUGCAAUAUGUCACCAAAGUGAAAAGGUUACAAAUUACAGGUGUUAAAUUGAAAGAAGUCGAAUGCACAGUCCCACUGUGUGUGUGUGUGUGUGUGUGUGUGUGCGCGCGCAUGUGUGUGGGUGUGUGCGUGUGUGCGCGCGUGUGUGUGUGUGUGUGUGGGUGUGUGCGCAUGCGUGUGUGUGUGGGUGUUUGCACGUGCAUGCACGUGUGUGUGGGUGUGUGCGCGUGCGCGCGCGUGUGUGUGGGUGUGUGCUCAUGCCCAUGUGUGUGUGUGUGUGUAAAGGAGUUAGACAUGUUGAGGAACAGAAAAGUAAUAUUUCUUUGGAACUAGACUCCUUGAUUAGUUUUAGGAAGUGCAUAUGAAUAAAUCCAUGUAUAGUUA